AUGACUGGAAAUUCUGAUGGGGUCGAUGAUUCUGAUGGGACCGGUAAUUUUGAUCGUAUCGAAGGUUUGGGUAAGGGGGGUGAUUUGGGUGAGGCCGAUGAUUUAAACGGCGCCGUCGAAAAUUUGUCAGGUGAUCGGAAUGGAGUGAUGUCUUAUGGUUCCCUUGAUGCUUGGGAAAUUCACUCACAGCAUCCAGUGGAAUCCGAUCGGUGA